CGCGCCGCUCCCGCGCCGCCCCCCCCCGGCAGUGCGGUGCUGCGCCGCGAACAUGGCGUCGGAGGGGAUGAUCCUGACGAACCACGACCACCAGAUCCGCGUCGGCGUCCUCACAGUGAGUGACAGUUGCUUCAGGAACCUUGCCGAGGAUCGUAGUGGGAUAAACCUUAAAGAUCUGGUCCAAGACCCUUCUUUGUUGGGUGGGACUAUAUCUGCAUACAAGAUAGUGCCAGACGAAAUAGAAGAAAUCAAGGAGACGCUGAUAGAUUGGUGUGAUGAAAAGGAACUUAAUUUGAUUUUAACAACUGGAGGAACAGGGUUUGCACCGCGAGAUGUCACUCCAGAGGCCACUAAAGAAGUAAUAGAGCGAGAAGCCCCGGGGAUGGCCCUGGCAAUGCUGAUGGGAUCACUUAAUGUUACACCUCUGGGCAUGCUCUCUAGGCCUGUGUGUGGAAUCAGAGGGAAAACUCUCAUAAUUAAUCUUCCAGGUAGCAAGAAAGGGUCACAGGAAUGCUUUCAGUUUAUACUGCCAGCCCUACCUCACGCCAUUGAUCUCUUGCGGGAUGCCAUUGUAAAAGUAAAGGAGGUACACGAUGAGCUUGAAGAUCUACCUUCACCACCACCUCCUCUUUCUCCUCCUCCAACCACCAGCCCUCACAAACAGACAGAAGACAAAGGAGUGCAGUGUGAGGAAGAGGAGGAAGAGAAGAAGGAUAGCGGAGUUGCCUCAACAGAGGACAGUUCUUCUUCACAUAUAACAGCAGCAGCCAUUGCAGCUAAGAAGCAUCCAUCCUAUACCAGUCCAGCUGUUUUCAUGGCUAAAGGUCAACAGCCCAUUCCUGGUCUCAUCAGUUAUUGCCAUCAAGCAGCAGGCAGUGCAGGAGAUCUGAUUCCAGAUUCCAUCAUCUCUCGUGGUGUUCAGGUUCUCCCACGUGACACAGCCUCCCUCAGUACUACUCCUUCAGAAUCUCCUCGUGCCCAAGCCACCUCUCGCCUCUCCACUGCGUCCUGCCCAACACCAAAACAAAUUAGACGGCCGGAUGAAAGCAAAGGAGUUGCUAGUAGAGUUGGAUCCCUCAAAGUCCAGUCUAGGUGCAGCAGCAAGGAGAACAUCCUCAGAGCAAGCCACAGUGCUGUUGACAUUACCAAGGUAGCAAGAAGACAUCGCAUGUCUCCAUUCCCUCUGACAUCUAUGGACAAGGCCUUCAUCACAGUUCUGGAGAUGACCCCAGUGCUUGGAACAGAAAUCAUCAAUUACAGAGAUGGAAUGGGGCGAGUCCUUGCUCAAGAUGUGUAUGCAAAAGAUAAUCUACCACCAUUUCCAGCAUCAGUAAAAGAUGGUUACGCUGUCAGAGCUGCUGAUGGCCCAGGAGAUCGAUUCAUCAUAGGGGAAUCCCAGGCUGGUGAGCAGCCAACUCAGACUGUGAUGCCUGGUCAGGUAAUGCGUGUUACAACUGGUGCUCCAAUUCCAUGUGGUGCUGAUGCAGUGGUGCAAGUGGAAGAUACAGAGCUCAUCAGGGAAUCAGAUGAUGGCACUGAAGAACUAGAAGUUCGAAUCCUGGUGCAAGCUCGACCAGGCCAAGAUAUCAGACCCAUAGGACAUGACAUUAAAAGAGGUGAAUGUGUGCUGGCAAAAGGAACCCACAUGGGUCCAUCUGAGAUUGGUCUCUUAGCAACUGUUGGAGUAACUGAAGUAGAAGUUAACAAGUUUCCAGUGGUUGCAGUAAUGUCAACAGGGAAUGAGCUGCUGAAUCCUGAGGAUGACCUCUUGCCAGGAAAGAUUCGGGACAGUAACCGUUCGACUCUCCUAGCUACAAUCCAAGAACAUGGCUACCCAACCAUCAACUUGGGAAUUGUGGGUGAUAAGAAGCCAGAUGUUUUUAAAGAAGAAGGGACACAGAGCUUCCAGAACCCUGCGGAGACAGGCGUACCAGAUUGCCCAGAUGAUUUACUGAAUGCAUUGAAUGAGGGUAUCAGCCGUGCUGAUGUGAUCAUUACAUCAGGAGGUGUAUCUAUGGGGGAAAAGGACUAUCUUAAACAGGUGCUGGAUAUUGAUCUUCACGCACAGAUUCACUUUGGCAGAGUUUUUAUGAAACCUGGCCUGCCAACAACUUUUGCAACUCUGGAUAUUGAUGGCGUAAGAAAAAUAAUCUUUGCGCUCCCAGGCAAUCCUGUGUCAGCUGUCGUCACCUGCAAUCUCUUUGUUGUUCCUGCACUGAGGAAAAUGCAGGGUAUCCUGGAUCCUCGGCCCACCAUCAUCAAAGCCAGGUUAUCAUGUGAUGUAAAAUUGGACCCCCGUCCAGAAUAUCAUCGGUGCAUUCUGACUUGGCAUCACCAAGAACCACUACCUUGGGCACAGAGUACAGGGAAUCAGAUGAGCAGUCGUCUGAUGAGUAUGCGCAGUGCCAAUGGACUGUUGAUGCUACCUCCAAAGACAGAGCAGUAUGUGGAGCUUCACAAGGGGGAGGUGGUGGAUGUCAUGGUCAUUGGAAGGCUAUGAUGUCACCAGCAAGAGCGGAGCUUUGAUGCAUGUCCACAUAUCAUUGACUGUAUCCUGUAAUAUGCAACGGCACAGCUAGUUUUUCCGAUUUGGAUAAAAGUUGAUCAGUAUAGUCAACAUCUUGAAAUAUAUUUCAAAUGGAAUUUAAAUAAAUACCUUUUAAAAAAAAAAAACUUUAAAACAAAUCUUAACAAAGAAAUUUAUUCUGAUUAUAUCAAAGCAACUUUUUCCUUUUCUUGCAAUUGCUUUGUGUGUUCAAUGCUAGUUCUAAUAGCGGUAGCUUUUAGUAGACAGCAGUAGGUGCCUGCAGAACUUGUGUUUUUUCUCAUCUUUAAGAUACAACUACUUACGCUCUUAAAACAAGGCUGUCUGCUUAUUUAUACUAGCCUAGACAACACUUGGAUUUCCCUUAUUAGUAUGCUUCAUAACCGCUUCACAGAGAGCUUCUGCUUGUUCUUUAUCUUGUAUCUCGUGUUGAUGUGCACAGUGCCAAAAGCAGAGUGGCUGCACUGGGAACCCAAUGAAGCCCCGAGGUUUUCUCACCUCGCCGCGCAUUCAGGGAUGUCUCUUGUCCCGGCAGCCACCCAGCUCAGUACUCUUGGGCAGUAACUGGAUACCUUUUAUUUCAACAAACAAAAAAAUUGCUUCCUUAAGUGCUGACAGCCUUUUUAACCAAUACAUUUAAAAAUGUACAGAACUAAAAACUAAAAAAAAUCAAAGACUGAUCUUGUACAGAUAUUAGUGUUACCAGCAUUCGUGUGGAAAUUAAAUGAGCAAAGAAAUAAAACUAAUGUUAAACAACUCUGUACCAUAACAUUUUCUGUAAUGAUAUUGAAACUUAAAUGAAUAAAAAAAAUCCUCAAUCAUUAUUUAAAAUUUCA